AUGUUUGCUGCAACAGAGGAGUAUUAUAGCGGGUCAAAUUACAGAAUUAUGUUCGAGGAGUAUUAUUAUUAUGACGACAAAGGCAAAGGCGGAAACGGUGGUGACAAAGGAGGGAAGCCAAAUGGUAAAACAACCACAAGACCUCCACCGCCGACGACAACAAAACCCAAACCGCCUACGACGACAACAAAACCAAAACCGCCACCGACGACAACAAAACCAAAACCGCCUCCAACGACAACAAAACCAAAACCACCGCCACCGACGACAUCUACACCAAAUCCGCCGCCACCGAUGACAACUACAACUGCUCCACCGCCAACAACAACUACAACUGCUCCACCAACAACAACAACAACUGCUCCUCCCACAACAACAACUACAAGUGUUCCUCCGCCGACAACAACUACAACUGCUCCACCGCCAACAACAACUAUAACUGCUCCAACGCCAGCAACAACUACAACUGCUCCACCGCCAACAAUAACUACAACUGCUCAACCGCCAACAACAACUACAACUGCUCCACCGCCAGCAACACCUACAACAGCUCCACCGCCAACCACAACAACAACUGCUCCACCGCCAACAACAACAACAACUGCUCCACCGACAACAACCACAACUGCACCACCGCCAACAACAACUACAACUGAUCCACCGCCAACAACAGCUACAACUGCUCCACCGCCAACAACACCUACAACUGAUCCACCGCCGAUAACAUUUUCAACUGUACCACCGCCAACAACAAUUACAACAGUACCACCGCUAACAACAACUACAACUGCUCCGGCGCCAACAACAGCUACAACUGCUCCACCGCCAACAACAUCUACAACUGAUCAACCGCCAACAACAACUACAACUGUACCACCGCCAACAACACCUACAACUGAUCAACCGCUGACAACAACUACAACUGAUCCACCGCCAACAAUACCUACAACUGAUCCACCGCCA